CCUGUGGGCAACCGCCUUUGUCUGCAGUCGCGAGCCAUCAGCCGCUGCCCCCGCAAUGGCUGAGCCCGCCUCGCACGUGGCUUCUGAGGAGAACCUCAGCCUGGAGCCCAAGACGACGGCCUCGUCCACCCCGAAGGAGAAGCAGCCCAGGCGCCGUCGCCGCCGCCGCCAGGGCCACAACUACAGCUUCGCUUCCUACUUCCCCAAGGUCCUGAAGCAUGUUCACAAGGGCCUCAGCCUGUCCAAGGAGGCCAAGGGCGUCAUGGACUCCAUCGUGAGAGACGUCUUUGAGCGCAUCGCCCACGAGGCCGCCAGCCUGGUCCGCUACAGCAAGCACUCGACCCUCACCUCCAGAGACGUGCAGAGCGCCGUUCGCCUCCUGCUGCCCGGGCAGCUCCACAAGCACGCGGACGUGGAGGGCACCAAGGCCCUCCUGAAGUUCAUCACCCACCCCUGAGCCGCCUCGGGACCACCUGCCCCGCUCCCCCAAAGGCUCCUUCCGGAGCCACCCUCUCAGGGAAAAAGGCCUGUACCACUGCCCAGGUCAGCUCACCUAGGGGUGGGGCACAUGGUGUCUUGCUCACUUUUAAGGACAUUUUUACCGAUUUCCUCACAUUGUCAGUUCUACCAUAUUCUAGAGCCUUGGACCAAUCUCUUUCAAGGAAAAUAGUGGGAUAGCUAUAUGCA